GAAGGCAUUCCCAUAAAGACCUAAGAACAGAGCCUUAUUGGGCAUCUAAGGCUGGAGCCACCAUUGCAUGGCAUAAAUAAUCAACCCACAGGGCAGAAUGAGCCCACAAAGCCUUGUUAGCCAGUGCAGCACACAGCAGCCUCCCUGUCAGCGAUACGUGUCCAGUGCACACAGUGCGGCCGCUGGGAGGACGUCGGCGGACAGCCCCGCCAUGUGUGCUCCGUGCACAGCGCCACGACCGCAGCCUCCUCACAGCGCUCCACAGCGCCACCUGCCGCACGCACUGGGAAGCGACAGCCCGGCUCGAUUCCAUCUGCGUUCUGUUCUCGGCAGGAGAAGGAGGAAAUGAUGAGACAUCCGGCGGCCGAGGAGCUGGAGGCGCCCCGGGGAGAGGAGGACAGAUGAUGCGGUUCCUUUGUGGCAGCGUACAGUAUGGAUGACCCGACAUAGGCCGUGCCCGCUCCAGAAUAACCUAACAUGGGCUUGAGAAUCGUAGCGGGGGUCUUCCGCCUCCCCACAGCCGUUCUGUACGGCUCGCUGUCAUUCUUCCUCUCCGUCCUGCACAAUGUUUUCCUCCUCUACUACGUGGACACCUUUGUUUCCGUUUACAAGAUCGACAAGCUGUCCUUCUGGAUUGGAGAGACCAUCUUUUUGAUCUGGAACAGUCUGAACGACCCUUUAUUUGGAUGGCUUAGUGACCGGGUCUUCCUGAACUCAAAACAGUCCAGCGUGGACACUCCUGACGUGGUGCUAAAGAGGCUGAGUGCCUUGAGCAGAAAUGGACCACUAUUUGCACUUUCUUUCCUGGCAUUCUGGGUGUCAUGGGCUCAUCCAGGUUUACAGUUCCUCAUCUGUCUUUGCCUGUACGACAGUUUCCUCACCAUGGUAGACCUGAACCAUAAUGCCUUGCUGGCAGACCUUGCAGUCUCAGCAGCAGAGAGGACGAGAUUGAACUUUCACUGCUCGCUGUUCAGUGCUAUUGGCUCCCUGUCUGUGUUUGCCUCUUAUACCGUCUGGAAUAAAGAAGACUUUUUCUCCUUUCGAAUAUUCUGUGUCUUCCUAGCAGCUUUGUCCGCCCUUGGAUUCACAGUUUCCACUUGGCUGCUCCGGCAGCGCUUUCAAACGGGAGGAAAAUCUGCCGAGAGCCAGGAUUGCUUAUUAAAAGAAUUAUACGUUGAUGAGCCCUCCGAUUCCCACGAAAAAAAGAUCACCCUCCUGGAAUACCUCAAGCAGCUGUCAAGACAGCGAAAUUUUCUGUGGUUUGUCUGCAUGAACCUGGUACAGGUUUUUCAUUGUCAUUUCAACAGUAAUUUCUUCCCCCUCUUCCUGGAGCAUUUGUUGUCAGACAGAAUCUCUGUUUCUACUGGAUCUUUUUUACUUGGUAUCUCAUACAUUGCUCCCCAUUUAAACAACAUGUAUUUCCUCUCGCUGUGUCGGAAGUAUGGCGUUUACAGCGUUGUGCGCUGGCUGUUCAUUGUCAAGCUGGCGCUCAGUGUAAUCAUGCUCCUAGCGGGACCGGACCAGAUAUAUGUACUGUGUAUAUUUAUAGCCAGCAAUCGUGUUUUCACUGAAGGGACUUGUAAACUACUAAACCUGGUGGUCACCGACCUGGUGGAUGAAGACUUUGUGCUAAACCACAGAAAACAGGCGGCCUCUGCGCUAAUGUUUGGAAUGGUCGCUUUGGUUACUAAACCUGGCCAAACCUUGGCUCCACUCAUCGGCACGUGGUUGCUGUGCGUCUAUACAGGAUAUGACAUCUUCCAGAGGGACGCAAUGAAUAAUAUCAAUGCGGAGCCACAGAUGGAUCCAAGCAGUGUACUGGCAGCCACUCUCCGGCAGGGAUGCUUUUACCUCCUGGUAUUCAUCCCCAUCACUUGUGCUCUCCUCCAGAUUAUUACCUGGUCACAUUUUUCUCUACGUGGAAAGCGUCUGUUAGCCGUGAAAGCUUAUCGUCAGGCUCAGCCUCAAAACGUUCUUCCUCAGGACGUCAAAAAUAUAUGAGGGACAGUAGCGGAUGAUUCUGUAAUCCUUCUCUACUGGUAUCAUAGCACAAGGUAUGAGAACAUGGCACAUAUGUGACCUCCUGAAGCGAUCGUGGCCUCUAGCACUGGUCACUACACCAUUAAAAAAAAAAAAAACAUUCCGAAGGGAAAAGGUCAUGACGGACAUCAUCAUGACUUUCUGGGUACGAGGACCAAUUACUCUGAUGUUCAGGGGGCAAGCAUAGGGCUUGCACAAAUUUUUUUAAAAAAAGUUUGAUCUCUUCCCUGGUCUCUUUCAUAUUCUUCUGGGGGCCUGAGAUGGCGGAGCUUAGAAUAUGGUUUCCAUUGCAGGCAGCAACCUAAGUUGCCUUUUCCAAAACCUCCCGUUGCACUAGAAAUGAAGGGCAAAACCAUGAAGAUGCCGUUAGGGAUACACAUUAAUAACUUUUUUUUUUUACGCUUUACGGGUUUCCUAUGGGACAGAACGUGAUCAGCAUUGGUGUUUUAAUUUGUGUCCCUUUUUAAGUAGACUGCACCACUGAUAACAGAGGGGACAACAAAUGGUCGCCGUUUACUCUGGAUGAUAUACCAUGAAACCUUUUUUUUUUAAUAAUGGCCAGCUACGAUCAUUACUUGCUGGCAGGUAAUAAUUCAGAAAGACAGUGUGGCCUAACUACCUGGAGAUAUAUUGGUGAUCCGCUUGACGUACAGGCGUGGACGUGAUUUUAUGUGAUUCAUUCAUCUUACAAUGAGCAGGUGCAAUAGUUUUGUCAAUGUGAUUUUUUUCACAGAUAUGUGAAAACGGCCAUUUGUACGGUGUUGGACGGUUCGAUGGGGGGGGUUUCCACUCAAGCAUGUACUGCAGUCAUUCAAAGGGUCCAUGUUACUGUGCAUUCUGCGAGUGGUGUCAUUUCAGGUUGCCUAGCAACCACUUGACUUCCCGCCAGGUGAAUACACGGAAUUACAAGUACAGAUUACGAUAGGACAUGUCAUUUGCUAUACAUUAGAUUUGCCCCCUCCACUGUACACAGGCUCCUCCCGCUGAAGAAGCCGGAAACGGAAACUUAUGAUGAUGGCACAGUCGGAAAAUAUACAUGAAUUAAUAUGUCAAGAAAAGUGGGAUGAAUGAAAGUGAGGAAAUCUGUAGCUUAGGCUACUUUCACACUGGCGUUUUGGCUUUCUGUUUCUGAGAUCCGUUCAGGGCUCUCACAAGCGGUCCAAAACG